AUGUCUACCCUUGCCAAGAAGGAGGUCCGCACUGACGGCGCCCCAGCGCCAAAGCCUUUCCUAUCCCAAGGGGUUGUAGUCGGUAACAUGGUUUACGUCUCUGGUAGCUUGGGGAUGGACCCCAGCACUGGCAAGAUGGUUGAAGGCACCAUUACGGACCGUACAAUCCAAGCUUUGAAGAACAUCUCCAGUAUCUUAGAGGCGGCUAACACCUCUAUGGCGAACUUGGUCAAGGUUAAUGUCUUCAUUACGGAUAUGAAAGACUUCAGUGCUAUGAACGAGGGGUACUUGAAGGAAGUUCGUGCAGGAGUGAUGCCGGUCAGGACUUGUGUCGCGGUCAAGCAGCUGCCUUUUGACUCCGACGUGGAAAUCGAGGCAUCAGCCCAUCUUCCCUCAUCGAAUCUUUGA